AUGAGAACAGUCACCAAUUACUUCAUAGUCAACCUCUCACUAGCUGACGUCCUUGUCACCAUCACUUGUCUUCCAGCAACGUUAGUGGUGGAUAUCACCGAGACGUGGUUCCUUGGGGACAGCCUGUGCAAGGUGAUCCCUUAUUUGCAGGUAUUGUUUUCCAGGUUGGGGUGGGGAGUGGGCAGGCUACACUUUAAUAUAAAUAUGUAUAGUGUUAUGCAUUGAGGUCAGGUGCCUGACCCCUCUAAUCUUUGGAUCCAGCAAGUGUUAAAAGUUAAUUAAACCUUCUAAUUCUGGGAAAUAGCCAAACUAGCUUCCUGGUGAGGUGAUGGGGGAUUAAGGGGCUCAGUGCAAGACAGCAAAUGGAUCCCUCAACAGAAAAAGGCAGAGUUGGGAGCAGAGGUAGCAAUGGUGUAAAAUCAGCAAACUGGGAGAGGACAGACAGAGCAAUGUUUGGUGCCUUUUUACAAUCCAGUGCUGCAGCUAUGGGAGAAACAAGGCCCUCUUGGGGUGUUAAAGCAUUCGUCUCAUUUAUAUCCAAAACUCUCUCAUCGUUUUAUUGGCCUUCUUCCACAUCACUCCAUCAUAGAAUUUCUCCCACCACAGCAGGCCUUUCCUCCAAAGCACCUGCUAGAUGAAGAGAGUGCAUCCUUUCAUUAAAUAUAAUGUAACAUGCCACCUCAAUCUCCAGAGCAGUGCGAGAUUCCAAGCACAAAUUUCCCACCUGGGCCUAUGUUUCAUUGGGGAAAUGAAGCCCGGUGAAGACUGUGGUUUCUUUAUGAGACAUGGUUUAUUUACACACAUAUACACACAACCUGAGCCUGCGGGGGGGGGGGUCCCCAGCAUUACACUCCAAGGGGGUUUUACCUUCUCCAGAAGCACGGCAUUUGAUUCAACAGACACUAGCCAUUUUUCUCUGCCUCCUACACUUUUGCUUGACACUGCCGUUCCAGAAAGUGGUGGUGGGGGAUGAGUGUUCAAACCCCUGGGCUCUCACUUGUGGGGUGCCUCAGGGUUCCGUCCUCUCCCCCAUGCUUUUUAACAUCUACAUGCAGCUGCUGGGAGAGAUCAUCAGGGGGUUUGGGCUGGGUGUUCAUCAAUAUGCGGAUGAUACCCAGCUCUACCUCUCUUUUAAAUGGGAACCAGGGAAGGCGGUGAAGGUCCUGUGGGAGUGUCUGGAGGCAAUUGGAGGAUGGAUGGCAGCUAAUGGAUUGAGGUUGAAUCCUGACAAGGCAGAAGUACUGUUCUUGGGGUACAGGGGGCAGGCGGGUGUGGAGGACUCCAUGAUCCUGAAUGGGAUAACUGUGCCCCUGAAGGACCAGGUACACAGCCUGGGAAGUCAUUUUGGACUCAAAGCUGUCCAUGCAGGCACAGGUCAAAUCUGUGUCCAGGGCAGCUGUUUAUCAGCUCCAUCUGGUACACAGGUUGAAACCCUCCCUGCCCACAGACUGUCUUGCCAGAGUGGUGCAUGCUCUAGUUAUCUCCCACUUGGACUACUGCAAUGUGCUCUACGUGGGGCUACCUUUGAAGGUGACUCGGAAACUUCAGUUAAUACAGAAUGCGGCUGCUAGACUGGUGACUGGGAGUGGCUGCUGGCCAAGACCAUAUAACAGCAGUCCUGAAAGAUCUUCAUUGGCUCCCAGUACGUUUCUGAGCACAAUUCAAAGUGUUGGUGCUGACCUUUAAAGCCCUAAAUGGCCUCAGUCCUGUAUACCUGAAGGAGCGUCUCCACCCCCAUCAUCCAGCCCGGACACUGAGGUCCAGCGGCGAGGGUCUUCUAGCGUUUCCCUCACUGCAAGAAGUAAGGUUCAGGGAACCAGGCAGAGGGCCUUUUCGGUAGUAGUGCCUGCCCUGUGGAACACCCUCCCAGCAGAUGUCAAGGCAAUAAACAACUAUUUUACUUUUAAAAGACAACUGAAGGCAGCCCAGUUUAGGGAAGUUUUUAAUGUCUGAUGCUGUAUUGUUUUUAAUAUUCGGUUGGCAGCUGCCCAGAGUGGCUGGGGAAACCCAGCCAGAUGGGCUGGGUAUAAAUAAAUUAUUAUUAUUAUUAUUAUUAUUAUUAUUAUUUUUAUUAUACCUCACUCAAUUUCUGGCCCACAUUACUUCCCCUCCCUUCUCUAAGAUCUUGACUUUCAUCUCUCCAGUCAAAGGGGCUUAUUUCUUUGCACUCUAUGGUAAAUUUCUUCAAUCCCUUAUAUACUGUAGUUGCUAAUGACUCAUUGCUAACACCUCACUUGCAGUAGGACAGUUCUGACUUAAUUAGCUCUAACACUUGGAUUAAUUAAAGGAUUAGCAAGAUCUAACAUGGCUCAAAUACACACUUGAUUGAUACUAAAUACACAUGAGUCUGGCCAUUUCCUGUCUUUGAUACUCCAGACUUAAAUUAAAACCUACCACUAGCUAAAUCCGGAAUUUAGUGUGUCUUGCACUCCCAGAUUCAUAACAAGAAUGUGCUUUAAGAAAAAAGAACUGCUUUUCAUUUGCAGAUGAUUGGCACACUAGAUGGCAUUUACCUAACCAAUCCUGUGCAAAGACUUCCCCUCCCCCCCUCCUAUGCACCCCACCCCCCCAAAUAAAUUGGGUAUGGGAGUCACGAAAAACCCCUAAACAGCACAUGGGUGGUCCAUUCCUUUGCUUUUAACAGGACUGAGAGGUGACUUUUGUUAGCUGGAUUGUGCCCAUGGAGGGGAAAGUUAAUGUGAUUCUGGAAGAAUCGUUAAAAGUGCCAAAGCAACAUUUCCCUCCUCCUUGUUUUUACUGAUGCUUUGUUGCCCUUCUGUUCCUUUCCCCCCUUCCUAGACUGUGUCGGUCUCUGUUUCCGUGCUAACCCUGAGCUGCAUCGCCCUGGAUCGAUGGUAUGCAAUUUGUCACCCUUUGAUGUUUAAAAGCACAGCCAAGCGGGCCAGGAACAGCAUUAUCAUUAUCUGGAUUGUGUCCUGCAUUAUAAUGAUCCCCCAGGCGUUUGUCAUGGAGUGCAGCCAUGUCUUGCCAGCGUUAGCCAACAAAACCAUCUUAUUCACGGUUUGCGAUGAACACUGGGGAGGUGAGUGUUUUUCACCACGGGACUGGAAUUGCCCACAUGGACAUUAUGGAAGGAAAACUAUACAGUUAACAAACCCACUGUAUGAACAUCUUAUCUCCUGAAUUAUUGGGUAUUGGUUGAAACCAGGACUUUGCAUGAUCUUCUCUGGCACUGGCUUUUAGCUGCCUUUAAUCUCUAACUGGAUUUCUUAGGUACAAGCAGUAGCAGUCAGUGAGGUGGAGUGGGUGGGUCAGUAUUGCUUGCGUUGCUUCCUAUAACUGAGAGAGAGAGGGGGGCAAGGUAGGAGGGAGGUCUCUGCGGUGUGGACGCAGCAGCGGGAGCAUCAGAUUGGUUCCACCACUGCAUUCACACAAUGCUGACCUCCUCACUGGUUCCACCCUUCUCCUCUGUGUCUCAGUUACCAGAAAUGAUCUCUACAUUGCGAAACUAGGUGAGCUGUUCUCCACCCCACUGACCAGCACUGCUGGGUACAAGUGUUGGGUACAAUGUGGUUAUUGUUAAGAGGAAAGCUCUCUACAGUCCAGAAGUGUGCCCUUUGACACCUAUGUUGGUGUCUGUGUUGGGCCUAUAUUGUGCCUACGUUGACAUAGCUUACGACUUGAACAAGUGAACAUAGAAACGUGGGAUGAGUCUGCUGUUUUCACAGGAACUGGUCAGGUGCCUAUGGGAAACAUGCAAACACUCUCUCCCUCCCAACCACCACCUCAUCUGUGAAAUUUCACAGGCCUUUAGAUAGCCCAAAAUAACCAGAGGUACCACCAGAAUAACCAAAGGUAACUGGAUACCUUAAGGACUGCCAUCUUCCACAAGACCUUGCAAGCCCAUGCAUUCAGAGCAGUUUCAGAAGCACAUCAGAAGGUGGCAUACAAGUAAAAUGACUGAUCAUUCGGAUGGUCUCUGUGCCAUUAGAAGUCAGGUGAAGAUAGGGCCUUUUCGAUGGUGGCACUCCACCUUUGGAAUUCCCUCUCCUAGGAGGUUUGCUCAGGGCCAAGGAGGAACUCUUCUUGGCUCUGAUAUUUUUAUUUCCCCAGGGCUUUGGGUUUUUAGUGUGUGUAUGUGUUACUUCUGCUGUUUGCUAUGCAUUUAAUAUUUACUUUGUUUUGCUAUUUAAUUUACUUUGGACUGUCGGGGGAUUGAAUGAUUAGAUUCUUCAGCAGCACACACACAAAAGGCACCUGACAUAUAGAAAAAACAGUAUGUGAAGGGAAAGAUUGAACCCUUUAUCCAUUUGCUUGGAAGUCAGUCCUGCUGACAUCACAGCGACCUCAGCUUUUAAGACUCCCCUUGCUCAUUUCCCAAUUGGCCAAUCCAAGAGGAAGAAAUUUCUCCAUCCCUGCCAGAAGGCGGUGUCAAGCAUACUGUCACUUCCCUGGAAGAAUAUUGGAAUUAAUUUGUUUUUCAGGCUCCCAGAGAUGAGUUCUGUGAGGAAGCUGAAAUGUCUCUACUUUUCCAGUGCUCCAUUUUCCAGCUAUGGCGGUCAACAAGGUUCAGUUGGUGGAGAUACUAAGACCAAAGUCAAUAAUACCUCACAAUUUCCUGUUGUGAGUGCAUGGGACUAGCAAUGGGAUCCCAACUCAACAUGGAACACAACCUAGCAAAAAGGAUUUCCCCUUUAGGGGCAUGCCCUGAUAUGCUUGAUCACAGUAUCACAAAACAGGGUCUGCAGUUACAUGAUCAGCAUGUAGUAACUGUUGGGUCAUGAGUUCACCACCAGCCUCACAUAUGCACAGGCAAUCACACAGCUGAAUCAAGGCAUUGAGAGCCAUUCAGCAAUUUCACUGAUGCUUUAACACAGCACCCAGCAUCCAAGGAUUUGUGGUCCUUGAUGAUGAAACCUUCAUCUCUCCCACACUCCUACCCAUCCUGUCAGUCAGAUGUAAUAAUUGCUACAUUGGUGGAAUCUUUAGUUCUACUUAAAGCGCAAAGGUCCUUAAGCAACUGUUAUGUGAAGUAUGUGCCCUGGGUUUUCUUUGAAGUUCUACCUCCAAAUGCAUCCCCGCUCUGAUUGAGACCACUUCAAAGGAAAAGGCUCGUUCUUCGUCCAUCUUGAUCCAUCAUCGACUUGUACCCAGCCUGGCAGCUUCUACAUUUUUCUCCCUUUGUUUUUUUUUUUAAAAAAAGCUAAAGAUGUUAAAUUAGAAGCCAUAAACCUCCAAUGGUUGUUGAAAUAAAUGCUGCAAUUAUACUUGCACUAUGCUGCCUGAAGGUCACCGUGCUGGCAGGUGGUGGCUCUUUAUAAGCUUUCCUGAGUCCUGCCGGUUGAAAGCUCAAAUACUUAAGAUAAUGGUAAUUUCCCCUGCAGUAAAAUUUCAAUUACAGUUCUGGCUCCCUGACACAGCAAUGUUUCUUUUCAGACCUAGACAGUUACUGAACCUUCUUAUAUAUUCUGUGCACUAAGAGAAAAACGACUCCAACUGGUUCAUGUGAAAGAUACAGAUUUAACCAGAUAACAUUACAGUUGCAGGUGCUGGAAACGGGUAAUUCAUGCAUAUUUAUAGAAACUUUGGGAGAUUCACACCAUUGAAGAAUUCUGUACAAAGCCCUUAAAGCAGGACUACCAACCACCCAGUACUUCACUGGUCUGACCAUCAGGAGGUAACAGGCACUGGGCUUCAAAAGUCUGUGACCUCCCAAUUCUGUCUGGCACCACCCCAUAACCUGCUACAUGCAUUGGCUGGCUUCUUCCACAACCCAUCAGAUUUGCUGUGGCUCAACCCCUUAUAUGCCAGAUUCCAUCCUAGAUCCUCACCUCACAGUUCAAUACUUUUCCUUACUCCACAAGGUUCUGACCAGGCUGCAAGUGGUGAAGGUAGAGUGGUAGCCCAGUCCAGUCCAGUGGUAGAGCAUCUGCUUUGCAUGCAGAAGGUCCUCGGCUCAGUCCUCAACAUCUCUAGGUAGAGUUGGAAGAGACCUCCUGUCUGCAACCCCAGAAAGCUGCUACCAGUCAACGUCAACAAUACUGUAGAUGGACCAAUGGAAGGCAUUCCAUGGAACACAGCUUCCUGUGUUCCUAACAAUCCUAGUUGGCCUUCUGCCUCUUACCCCAGGGGGCCAACAAUUUUGGAAAUCUAAGCUUCACAACCUUGAUUUCAAGGUUGCUCUCCAUUGUUUUCUACAUCCUCAUCUUUUAGCAAGGCGAUGGCGUAACCAAUGUCUUUGGAUGGCUAGGUGCUUCCAAAUGCUUCUGAACAUUAGUUUAGCAAUCUAGUCAGCUGCAAAGUCAAAAGGAUUUAUUCUACGCCAUGCCACUUCCACUUGCUGUUCCUGACCUCCCAAGACAUGAUCUCCCUCUUCUUUAGACUUUCAUUGUAUACCAUCAAGAAGAUCAAACCUAUCCAUUCUGAAGGAAAUCAGCCCUGAGUGCUCACUGGAAGGACAGAAUCUUAAGCUGAGGCUCCAAUACUUUGGCCACCUCAUGAGAAGAGAAGACUCCCUGGAAAAGACCCUGAUGUUGGGAAAGAUGGAGGGCACAAGGAGAAGGGGAUGACAGAGGACGAGAUGGUUGGACAGUGUUCUCGAAGCUACCAGCAUGAGUUUGACCAAACUGCGGGAGGCAGUGGAAAACAGGAGUGCCUGGCGUGCUCUGGUCCAUUGGGUCACGAAGAGUCGGACACUACUAAAUGACUAAACAACAACAACAAAUACACACACACUCACAAAAUUUGCAUAGCCCAGUUAGGAACCCCAUUAUGCUAGGGAAAUGCCUAUUACCUGUUUUCUUGGUAUUGAGAUUAAAUAAUCCUGUAAUUACCGGUAACUCUCAGAAUGAUGCUCUGCACAAUUCUAAGUAAAAGCUUGUUUCAUCUUACUCUUGCCUGGAAUCAAUCUCUGUGCUAUGGCCAGCACCCACGUUUCCUUGAAUCACCAUUGCUGGCUGCUGUGGAUCAGCUGUCCUUUGUUUUUGCAGAGAAUUUUAAUGGCAAUGGGAUAUUUAAGCUUUCUUAGUUAGUUCUAUGCACUUCCAGUUCCCUUAUUAGCUGGGAACUAAAAUGUGCUGCAAUGUUCAAUUCAGUUCUGCUUCUCAGGGCAAGUAGAAACUUGCCGAUUGCUGUAGCAGCAUGUGACUAACACAAAUGAGAGGAAAAAGAGGUUCUCCCCAUCAUUUGUAUGACAUUCUUCAAUAAUUUGUGGUUGACAGAACCAGAAAGGAAUUUUACUUACAGCAUUGAUCAACUGGCAACUGUGAAGCUUCCGCCUUUCUCAUAGCAAAAUAGGUUUUUGUAUGUUAGGUGUAUUUUACUCUUCUUACCACAACUCUAGUAGCAGAGGGCAUUGGGCAGGACCACAGCUUAUGGGGCACUCCCAUAAAUGGUUUUGGGGGUGGUGCUUCAAGGCUUUAGUCCUAACUUAGCAGGGCAGCCACUGCUAGGUUGCCAGUUGGACCCCACAGGAACAGCUCACACUACGGUAGGCCCAUAAAGCUUUGGCAUUUCCCAUAUGGUGGCCCCAGCAGAUGGGCCUGAAGAUGAAUCACUCUUGCCCUCUGCUACAGCAACUCUGUACCAUAACCAACACAGUUGUGGUCUUGGUCUUUUACAUAAUAGCCUUAUACAGUGGUACCUCCAGUUACGAACUUAAUUCAUUCCAGAGGUCCGUUUGUAACCCGAAACCAUUCUUAAAUGAGGCGCAACUUCCACUCGCAUCCCAGGGCAAAGUUCGCAAACAGGAGCAUCUACUUCUGGGUUAGUGGAGCUCGUAACCCGAAGUGUUCGUAAGGAGGAUGGUAGUAACAUGAGGUUCCACUGUACUGCUCAACCAUUGAUCCCUAUCAUGGCUCAGAAGAGAAUUUUCUGACAAACUGUUUCUCAUUACAGAGAUUUAAAGUAUCCUCUAUUUGCAGUACAGUUUAGUGGCCUAUAUACUAAUACAUGUCCAAAAUGAACAAAAAUUUGACAUAUCAGGGUCCUUAUAAUCCUCCAGGGUUGGAACAUCUUUUUCAUUUUUCUACCAUACUAAGCUGAUGUCGCUGCACGAAAAUGUAAUCCUAGAUGAGAUUCGGAGAAUUUUAAAAUUUGAAGAAGGCUGAUAUUUGUUCUUUUCCUAUACUGCCUUUAUGAGACAGUCUAAAACUACCGUACGUCAGUCAGUUUAUUGUGUUUUAGCAAACAGCCAAUAUACACAUAAAAAAAAUAUAGUAGUGAUUUGCAUUUCUACUUCUUAACCUUUAAAAGAUACAUCAUUUCCCAUCCCUCCUUUGAAUUUUGUAGCAUGGAUCUGUAGAGCCUUUGCAAGAAAUUUAGAUUUUCUGAAGGAUAUGUACUUCUCUAAACAAAUAUUAAAAUACCAUAACUAAAGCAUUAGAAUCUGAUUUGCUUGUUCACAGAGCAGCAGAUUAACAACUGAUAUAGAGCUAGCUGGGCUAAAUCAAAACCCUAUAAAAACCUGGUUGAAAAGGUAUGUCUUCAAUUGAUGCUGAAAAGCCAACAGCAUAUUAGACUCUAAGCCAAAAACACCUCCUAGAUGAAGAGGGCUUGGUCUGUCCUUAAGUAAAUUCCUUCCUCCUUCUUCAGGGAACUAUUUUUAAUUACCAAAUUAUUUUUUAAUUAUCAAAUCACAUGUCUGUGGCCACAGAAUGAACCACAAAAAUCAUACAUCCACUGUUUCGUUCAUAAUAAUUUUUUUCUUGUUUUCCUCCUCUAAAAACUAGGUGUGUCUUAUGGUCAGGUACGUAUUAUGGAGCGAAAAAUACAGUAUCCAGGAGACUGGUACUCUAUCUCAGUUUCAGAAAUUGUCAGGCCUCCCCAUGGAGCAAAAUCAUGUGGGCAUCUUCAACUUGUGUUGACCUUAAUGUGAAGUGGGCUCCAGGCCAUGAAAGCCUAUGCCAUAAUAAUAAACUUGUGAAUCUUUAAGGUGCCAUAAGACACUCUUACUUUGCUGAAGCAGAUGUUAAUGGCUAACCCUCUGGAAAUCUAAUUUAGGUGAAUGUUAACAUUCUCUAGUGGAUCUCUUGAGUGUUUGAAAAUUCAGGAACCUACCUCGGAUUAACAACACCUACAUACGUGAACACGUGUGACACCCUACCUGUGGAACACCCUACCCUAAAGGCUUGACACCACUUGCAAAACAUGCUAGGAUCUGAGUGGCCUUGGUUAAUAAUGUGCUUUGAAUGUUUUGGAGGAAAGGCUCCUGUUUUGAAAUGAUCCUAUCUAUUCAGCCCUUUAAUUUUACAAUAUGUUUGUUGCAUGUAUUACAUAGCAACUAACAACUUCAAAUGAGCUCACAUAGAGAAGAUCAAAAGAGAUGUUAUUCAAGUCCUUUUUUGUUUUCUUUGCAGCCGAAGUCUACCCCAAAAUGUAUCACACUUGUUUUUUCCUGGUUACAUAUAUGGCCCCACUGUGUCUGAUGGUGUUGGCCUACCUACAGAUAUUUCAAAAGCUAUGGUGCCGACAGGUAAGCUUAUUUUGCUGUGAGAUCCAUCUGUGUGAUCCAUUUCAUGAUGCCUCUUAAAGACUGACAUAUUUAUGUAUUUCAGUAAUGGACACAAAAAUAUAUUAAUGGUACAGAGUAGAAUAAUUGUGUAUAAUUCACAUGCAAACAAUCUUUCACCAAAAAAGAACACCAUGUUGUACAAAACCAUCCAAGCAUAUGAACUGAUAUAGCAAAGUAAGUGCUUGCAUCCAGUCCACAAAUUCUUAGCUUACAUUUUCACUCUAAAGAGCUGGAAUGAAAUUAUUCGUGCUAAGAUAGGAUCAUUUUCUUCUCUAGCUCUUAGUUUACAUUCAGAUGAAGGCUUGAUAAAAGAAUGGAAAAAUCACCUAGAACAGAGAAAGAAACAUGUUGUAAACAUUUCAGAAACAUUUACAUUGCACUUUGGCACGAUACAUAUUAUAAUGUGUUCUUGUUUCUUAUUUCUGUUGAUAGAGUAGAUUUAAUACAUUAGCAGAAGCUGUUUCUACUCCCACUCAUGGAAAAUAACAUAUCUCUGUUUUUCAAGUGCAGUUGCCAAAGUGAACAAGGUGUUAUAUUAAUGAGAAUUACCACAGCAAGCCUACUUAACAGCUAUUAGCUAGUGUGAUUUGACUCUUUGCUCAGGUACGUCACAUCAAGUAGAGCAGGUGUACCAUAGUUGCUUUUUAAUGUCAUUGAAAAUUGGGCACAAUUUUUCAGUGAUAUUAGAGCUUAUUAAGAGAGCCAGCUGUUCAUCGGUUAUCCCUUGUAUUUGCCAACUUGAUUUUUUUAAUUCACAAAAAAGUUCCAUAUUUUGGACCAAUAAUCUCUCUGAACAUGUUUAUGAAUUUUUGGCUAAGUUAGCAAUAUGGUCCCACAGAGUAGAUCCUUAGGUGUGUCUUAUGAGUGCACUAGUGUAGCAGGUAUUAAGUUUAAGUUUGCUAAAUUUCUAACCCAAUUUUACAAAGUCAUAUACAAAAGAAAAUCAAAAUCAAAACACAACCAAUACAAUACAAUUUAAAACAUCAUUUAAAAAUACUCCUGGUUGAACCAUCAUCAGACAAAAUGUCACACGAAGCACCAAAGUUGGCAAGGUGUCCAUCUGUUACCUCCCAGUUUUCAUCAAUUCAGUAUCUUUACUGAGUUCCCUCUUCAGGUCUCUCUUACAUCUAACAAAAGGGGGUUCACGUUCAGAAUGGAGAUGCAUAAGCAAAAUGAACACAAUUCUGGAACGGCAUCUUUCAUUUCAGCCAUAGAAAAGAGAUUGCAUUGAAAUCAACAUGUGUGUCUAUUAUUAUUAUUAUUAUUAUUAUUAUUAUUAUUAUUAUUAUUAUUACUUUAUGUCUCUGGGCCAAUGAGCCUAACAGAUUUUCCCUUUGGGCAAAUGGAAAUAAUUAACAUUCUGUUUACUAUGCUCUGCUAGAUUCCAGGAACUUCAUCUGUGAUUCAGAAAAAGUGGAGGCCUCUGCAAUCCACAGCACAAACCCAAAGGCAGAAGCCAUCGGCAAAUUUUAGGAUUAGUGCUGUGGCAGCCGAAAUCAAACAAAUCCAAACUCGGAGGAAAACAGCACGUAUGCUCAUGGUCGUUCUCUUGGUUUUUGCUCUCUGCUAUCUCCCGAUUAGCAUUCUCAAUGUAUUAAAAAGGUAAACCUUAAUACACGAUGAGUAAUAAUAUGCCCCUGUGUGUGAUUUUCUAGUCUUUAGGUAACAGCAUGAUUCCAUUUUGCAGCUGUAAGUCAUUGACUAGCCCUAUAGCAAAAUUAGCAUUUGUUUGUUUGUUUAUGAGCUGCCAAGUAAAAAAAAAAAUACAAUAAAAUAAUUAGAACAUAAAACUUUAAAAUCAUAAAAUCAUGAACAAAUGGACAACAGUGACUCAGAUCUCUACAAGGUCUCAGGCAGAAAUUCUUCCCAGCUCUGUCAUGUGAAAUCCUUAUUUGCUGAAGAUGUUGGAGACUGAACCUUGAAUGUUCAGUGGACAAGAAAUGAGCUGGAGCAAUGAGCUACGGCCCGUCCCUGGUAUUAGCAUGUGGUUUUUAAUUUUGCAGAAAGGCAGGCAAAACUGGAGCUGAUGUGAACAUGGCUGGCUUGACUAGUUGUCAACACAGUUGAGCAAGAAGUGUUGAAACACCUCUCUGCUCCUUCAGCUGCUGCUUAAGGCUCAGAAGCAGAGGAGAAGGAGAAAAGAGGCAGGAUGGUAAAACCUGCUUGAAGAACAAAAGUGUUCUGGGCACAGCAAGCCCACAGUACAGCCCAUGCUUGACAUCUUGCUAGAGGCAACAUUGGGAACAAUCAAGAACUGCAGGAUACACUUAACGGCACUAGAGGGCACUCCAGUCUUAGGGACUUGAGUGAAGGGGCUUAGGUGAGUUUAGUGUUUCUCUGUAAACAGGAAAUUAGAGCACAAGCAAAUAUUAAUGUUGUCUCAGUGAUAAGCCAGGUUCCUGAAAGAAUAAGGAAAACAACAGAACUAGAGUAUGCACACCCAGCAGAGGAGGAAUGCAGCCUUGUACUGUGAGGGCAACCAAAGUAGCAAGAUUCCACGUAACUUCUUGUCUCUAAGUAGGUCUUCUUGAUCAGGGCUAGUCUCCAAAGUGUGGUAAGGACCAACAUUUGCCUGGUCCAAGACCAGAACAAUCCUUAUUCCCCCAUCAGCACCACCAUUCUCACUUUACACAGAGCAUUCAGGCCAGAGGUGACCAGAAAUAUUUCUCAGCGUGUGGUUAUCUGAAUCAAGGCAUGCGGUAAACUUUAGAAGUCACUUAUAAUAGUUGCACUCCCUUGGAGUACAUGCACAGGCCUUUUACUUUAAUAAUAAUGAAACUGUUGUGCCCUUGUGGUCCUCUGCAUUUUGAGAUACAUAUUCUUUAGAGCUAAUCAAAUUGAAAGCUAGUUUGAGAUUUAAUCCGAUUUCUAAUGUCUUCUCAUUUCUUCUCUUCUUUGUAAGGGUGUUUGGGAUGUUCAACAAUGCCAAUGACAGAGAAACAGUGUAUGCCUGGUUUACAUUCUCCCACUGGCUUGUAUAUGCAAAUAGUGCAGCAAACCCAAUUAUUUAUAACUUCCUCAGUGGUAAGUCGUUCAGUUCUGCUGCCUUUUAUCAAUGCGCCCCCUCCCCACAUGGUUUAGCUACACAGCUUGGAACUACUAGAAGUCUUCCAUUCAAUGUAAUUGGCUCAAGCCCACAGAACUCUCUCCCAGCUGAGAUUAGGCAGCCACCCUCCUUGUUACACUCCAGGCAUGUGGCCAAGCCCUUUUUGUUCCAGCAAGCAUUUUAAGACACUGUUCCGUCUUACGAUUAAAAAAAGGGAAAAGUUUUAUUGCACCAUUGCUUUGUGUUCACCACUUAGAAAUGUGAACAAUUACACAGUAUAGAAAUGUCUUAAAUAAAAAAAAACAGUAAAUAAAUGAGCCUUUGGGCUUCCCUUAUCUUCUUGUUGGGGGUGGGAAUAUUUUGUGCCUCCAAUUGGCUCCCCUGCUUUGAGUUUCAGGCUGAUGUGUAAUUUCCUAUCAGACUAUCUGCUGGUGACUGGCUGAGGGGGUUAUGCUUGCACACUACCCUUGCUGCCAACAUCAGGACAAGACAGAUGAACUCCCUGUCUUUACUGGGUUUACUGGUAGAACAUGAGACUCUUAAUCUCAGUGUUGUGGGUUUGAGCCCCACAUUGGGUGAAAGGUACCUGCACUGCCAGGGGGUUAGACUACUAGACGGUCCUUGUAGUCCCUUCAAACUCUAUAUUCUCUUUGCUACAUGUGCCGUGAACCCACCCAUUUAACUAAGAGGGGGGAUAAUACUAUGAUUUUACAUGAACAGAUUUUUAAUGAAGCCAUGUCACUAUCUCUUUGGGGUUUACCCUAUGGUUACCAGAUUUUUUUCAAUGAAUCCGGGGACACUUUUUUUGGGGGGGGGGAGAAGCUGAGUAGCAACAGGGAGUCAGUAGCGGGGGUGGUGAGGCAAAAGACCCUGGGCCCAAGCACACAUGCAUAUUGUAUAAACAUGCAAAGCCCUUCUUUCCCACCCUGUGAAACAUAAAUGCGCAGAGUUUUUUAAAAAACUGGGCAACGCCCCCCCCCCCAACUCUCGAGCCUCCCCUGAUCAGUCAAAACAAAGGGGGAAGGGGGAAGGAGAUUUGUACCGCCGGAUGUCCCUGGUUCCCCUUUGGUAAUGGCGGCAGCAGCAGCAGUCAGCAGCCCGGAGCCAGCCUGGUAGCGCAGUUGGCUCUGACUGGCUUCAGGAGCUGCUCAUGGUAGUGCCGCCCACCAUUUUUCCUCUCCAGAAGUCCCCAUGUGAUGCGUUGCGCACAAGACACAUCACAUGGGGACUUCCGGAGAGGAAAAAUGGCGGGCGCCAUGGCAGCGGGCAGCUCCUGAAGCCAGCCAGAGCCAACUGUGCUACCAGGCUGGCUCCGAGCUACUGAGGCUGCCACUGCUGUGUUUCCUGGGGACAGAUUUGCAAAUCUGGAGACAUUCCGGGGACAGAAUUUGUCCGGGGACAGAUUUGCAAAUCCGGGGACUGUCCCCAGAAACCAGGGACGUCUGGUAACCCUAGUUAACCCAAAUUGUAUCAGUGGCAUUUUUUUUAAAAAACCAAUGAAGUUAGGAUUCAUUUUCACACAUGCAUUGUUAGUAGAAAAAAUAAUCCAGUUCAUAGUAUACUAUCUCAUGCUUCUGGUGUUGUUUGAUUGGCAGGAAAAUUCCGAGAAGAAUUCAAAGCAGCUUUUUCCUGCUGCUGCUGCUUUGGCAUUAGCCACCACAAUGAGGACCGGUUUCGAGGACGGACAAGCACAGAAAGUCGGAAAUCCUUGA